AUGGGCGCGCUUCAAGAUAGUUUUCCUUUGGUGCCUUUGGCUGCUCAAAAGCCUUCGCUGCUCCGAGUCGCCGUCGCCCCACUCGCGCUCACGGCCACUGCGACUUCUGUGCAUGAAGACGCGCGUCGCCCACCACUUCAGUCCUCACCGUUCUUGUCCUCCUCCUCCUCCUCGAGCAACAACACAUCGGCAGCCUCUGCAUCUACAAGCGAGCCGGAAACUUGGGCGUGGCACAAUCUUUUACCGCACUACCAUGCAGCUUCUAUCGAGACGUCUCAAAAGCUGCGCAUAUUCCAGACGGCGGAUGGAGGUCGGGAAAGGCGGAAUUGGGACUCUGCUAGAUUGGUGACGAAAACUUUGAGAGUGUAUGCGUUGUUGAGCGCAGCUGCUAGUCUUGCCGGUAUUGUUGGCGUGCUCAAGGUGAGAUGCUGGUCGCCCCAUUGCUGGAACACGCGGAUGUACCGCAAUGCUUACACACGCCCAUGGUGCGCCCCCGCGUAGCCCUCCUUGUUCGCCACUCGCAUCUUCGUCCUUUCCUCCUUCCUCGAUCUCUUCCUCUUUACGGCCUCUCUGCUCGCACUGCUCAUCUUGCUGACCAAUGCCGAGAUCAGAUCGCAGCUUUGCGAGUUCCUAAGCGCCGGCUCCCUCAGCUCGGUAUGGAAUGGCGGCAUGACGGGCAAAAACGAAGGCACUGGUGAACCAAGCGCAUGGGAACGGCUCUUGGAAGAGACUUUCACGGAUGAGAAUCGCGACGAUGCUUUCACGAGGGAUGUGAUUCCUAUCGUAAUGCUGGCUAGUUUGCUAUAUACAGCUGUGCGGUGCGUAUCGAGCGGUCGGUCGGAACGGUCGCGCCACGAGGCAAGAGGCGAGGGAAGAGCACUCACACUCACGUCAUCGGUCGCACCCUCUACUGCCAAAACAGGCUGUAUUGUUUCCUGGUCAUUCACCGCUGGUACAUGCAGCUCUUGCGAGCGCGCAUCCACCACUACUUUCCUUCAUCCUCCGCACCGGCCAUCACCGCAUCCGACUCGCCGCGCAGCAGCAGCAGCAGCUCGCCUCUUCUCGCCUUGCCACCGCGAACAUCCACGAGCAGCAGCGGUCGAAGCACCACGUAUCCCAGCGGAGACGAAAUUUCGCACGCAAAUGCCGCCUGCCAGCAAUUCAGAUGGCCUUCUGCAUCCAAGCACAGCAGAAGAGGCGACGAACAGCCACGCAGCUCCAUCGACGAGAAGCUUGCCUAA